AUGAGGGUAACAUUUAUCCUCGUAAUGUUUCUGUAUUGUGUGAGCUCAAAGAAAUCUCGCGCGAAUGCCAAGGCGAACGUCCAGGCGAACGUCAAGGCGAAUACCCAGGCGAACGUCAAGGCGAAUACCCAGGCGAACGUCAAGGCGAAUACCCAGGCGAACGUCAAGGCGAAUACCCAGGUCUCCAAUCCGGAAAUUGAGCAGCUGAGGAAACUUGUGGCAAGCCUCAGCAAACAGGUCAUGAUGCAACAACUUCACGUGGAGGAGAAGUCCCGAUCUGAGGGCAACUCUGGGAUAAAACUUGUUCGUGGCGUUGGGAAGGGGCAGAAGAACUAUGACUCCAACAGUCAUCUGUAUCCAUCUGCUUUUGCAAUUCACGACCAUUCAAACUAUGAUAGGACAAUUGGUAUUGGUGAGAUUUGUGCUGUGUUAAAUGGAGUGGACUUCCGGACACGUCACAACGACUACAAGUUGGUCAUGCCCUCGCAAACGUCCAGUAUAUAUCAUGCCACCGAGGAUAUCCCAUUUCCCGACGUGCCGCCCGAGGUUUUAAACAAAAAGACAGUCGAGGAACAAGUUGCAGAGAUGAAAGAAUGGUUCAAAGCUUUCAACGACCAGGACAGAAGCAGUAGAGACUACACAAAAUACUUUAAGCCAGUUCUGUGUUAUCUUGAGGGGACGUGGACCCUGGACAAGGAGUUGGAAGAACCAUUUCCCAGUGACAGGCAUUAUCUAGAAGCCAAGAGCUGGGAUGAACUGCAUGAAAAGAAUCGUUUCACAACAUACACAGGCACGAAGGCCCGUCUGGAAAAUGUUGCCUACUUGCCGACAACAAUCAUGUCUGUGAACAUGACCACUGGCGAAGCGCAGUAUGCUCAAUGGAACUAUCGAAUUUUAUGUCAUCCGAUUGGCUAUGACAUUCCGCUGCACUUCUUUCAACAGGAAGACGAUCUCAGUUUCCGAGUACGCACAAGCCAAACUCUGACGCAGACGGCCAAAACCCGAGCAGCAAGAUACAAGUUGUUUGAUCCCUCCAGAAAAACCAGCUACCAGAUCCUAGACUCGAUUUUUGCCGAGAUCCCAGGGAAAGAUAACUACGGCUCCAACCUGACGUUCACGACGUUCGCAGAGGACAUGUUCGACACCGGUUUUUCUGACAACACUCAUCUGUUGAACACGGGCUACUACCACAGGGCCUACAAGUCUUUCCGGAGUGGCGCUGGAGGCAUCGCGUACACGGCCUUGGGAUUCAACGAUGACAACUUGUGGGUAUCGCAAACAACUCAGCCACGCGUGGCUUCCAUUGAGACAGAUAACUGCUUUAAAGUGCUAAAUAAAUUCGGAAAGCUGGCGACCCGAUGCAAUAGAGGCGAGAUCCGGGUGUCCUAUGCUAUCCCACUAGAGGUCAUAUUCUUGACCCCUCUUCUAACAUGGAAUCCGUACAAUAUUGUCUUCCAUGAUGACCCAGAUACAGCAAUAAAAGACGACCGUACAGGCUCGAAAGAAAAACCACUCAAUGGCAUAGAUAAGUCACACUACUACAUGACACCGAUGGAGUUUUUCACAGGUCCUCGAGACAUGUCAGACCCAGCAGACACUGUGAAGACCUACAUCUAUGUCUUAGCCCCAGACGGCGAGGCCAAGAAAGUCUCCUCCUCUGGUACAAGAAUCUCAAUACCGGAAAUUGGAAGAAGUGAUCCGAUCCGAGUAAGAUAUCCUAUAGCCCCUGUACACUACGAAGGCAGUUCUGUCUGGAAGGAACUCACGGCUCUCAAAGACAGGGAGGACAAUUCUGGUGUUCCAAGUUCUGUGGUGUUUGAGAUGUCAAUAACAGUCCAGGACCCUCCAGGCGAGCACAGCCAUGAGUUCAAACUAAACUACGAAGAAUUUAGCCUGCUCAUAGCCGAAGAGGAAGUUCAAGUUGUGACUAGCGAGGCCCAGGAACAUGCCCAUGAACUAACAAUUGUUUUUGAUCCGAAAACAAAAUCCUUCAAGUACACCUCCUGCGACAAUGACCGCAUCUGCUUCGAUGGACACCCGACGUUGGUCACCCUGAUCACCCAGAACGAUUUCACUCGAUCAGCUAUUUUAUAA